ACAGGGGAGGCAUUGACAACGGGAAAGGAGGAGAAGGACCGCGGGUUGUGAGGGAACGGGCUACGGGGCCACCGGGAAGCUGUCUUUGCCCAAGGAGCAGGAAAGCGACCGGGAACACAGGCAGACCGCGGACAGCAUGGAAGACGACGCCUCUAAAUACGUCAAAUUGAUCAGCGCGGAAGGUCACGAAUUUAUCGUCGACCGCAAAUGCGCCUGUGUGAGUAAAACCAUUGAGGCCAUGUUGGCUGGUAAUUUUGCCGAGAGCAAAGGUGAAAUCAAUUUUCCGGAGAUCUCCACCAACAUAUUGGAAAAAGUCAUCCAAUACCUUUAUUACAAGGUGAGGUACACCAACUCUCCUCAGAAAGUUCCUGACUUCAAAAUGGAGCCGGAGAUUGCCCUCGAGCUCUUGAUGGCGGCAAACUUUUUGGACUGCUGAGAAAGGAGGGAGGGAGGGAAAGAGGGAGGGAGGGAAAGAGGGAGGGAGAGGGCAUGGAGAGAGGGAGAAGGGAGGUUAUCCCCGGGCAGUGGCUGCAAAAAAGGGGGGGGAGGGAGACGGAGAGCGCAGGGAUAACUCUGUAUAAAAAAAUGAAUGAAAGAAGGCGGCCAUCUCUUCAAUGCCGGGUGAGAUGUAGCCCCUGCACAAGGACAUUGAAAUGGCGCAAGGUAGAAGGGAGCAGCGAACAUCGAUAUAAAUGAAAUACAAAGUCAUGCAAAAUCAAAAAUACCCAUGCCUGAGGGCACAGUAAGUC